UUCGCUCUUUUUGUUUGCUGUGAGACGGCCAUAUGUCUCAGUUUCACUCCGUCUCCAUCCCUACCACCUUUAUUGCUUCAGUACGAAGCAAAGAAAGACUGAUUGAGUGUCAACUUGAAAGAGCUUUGCUUCUGCAAACACGCUGUUUUAAUGUAACGAGAGUUUAAUUUGCCGUAAAAUUGAUAAACUUGAAGGGAACGGACGAGCGGUUCAAGGUUUCAGCACCACUGACCGCUGGACAGCUCUUCUGACGUUGAGGAACUAUAUGAGACUGCAAACUUCGACAAUUAAAAAUUCCCGACUUUGGACAGUAGACACGGAGCUGAUCUUCUGCCCUGAUGGAGUGCUCUGCGCUGAGCAGGGAAGGUGCUGGGUUGGCCAAACCGCCUAAGCAUCUUUGGAGGCAGCCCCGAACCCACAUCCGAAUCAAACAGCGGUACCACUCCGACAACGAGCGGUACCUGUGCUCUACCAAAGCCACUGAGCAGCAUCGCCCGGGGCUGAAAAAACCGAGAAUGUCCUGGCCGUCUUCUUUUAACAAACGUUUCGAUGUGGAAAAUGGGUUGUCGAUCGGGCGCAGUCCACUGGACCCCAGUCCAAGUUCUGGUCUGGUCCUCCAAGCAAACAGCCAGAGGCGAGAAUCUUUCCUUUACCGCUCGGAUUCGGAUUUCGACAUCUCGCCCAAGACGAUGUCCAGAAACUCCUCGACUACCAGCGAACUUCAUGGGGAGGACAUGAUUGUAACGCCUUUUGCGCAGGUUCUUGCCAGUCUGCGUACAGUGAGGGGUAACGUUGCAGCUUUAACCCACAUGCAAGAUAGAAGCAACAAAAGACCGUCAGGCACUAACCCUCAAUCUGCCUCUAUAACAAACCAGACUGAUGAAUCAUAUCAAAAACUCGCGGUCGAGACUCUUGAAGAGCUGGACUGGUGUUUGGACCAGCUGGAGACCCUGCAAACACGUCACUCUGUCAGUGAAAUGGCCUCCAAUAAGUUUAAAAGAAUGCUCAACAGGGAGCUAACUCAACUAUCUGAGACCAGCCGGUCAGGAAACCAGGUGUCGGAAUUCAUAGCAAGCGCAAUUUUACAAAAACAGCAUGAUGUGGAGAUUUUGUCAGCUGCUUGUAAGGAGGAGAAAAAACGGCGUCCAAUGUCUCAGAUAAGUGGAGUGAGAAAACUGAGCCCCAGCCCGAGUCUCCCACCAACAUGCAUCCCACGAUUUGGUGUCAACACACAACAUGAGAGCCUCCUGGCCAAGGUAUCCAUUCAUUUAAUUUUAUUUGUAUUAUUGUUAAUAUUAUUAUUAGUGCUAUUCAUUGGAGAUCAAAUAAAUUCAUAUUUUUUACUCCAGGGGCUUGAGGACAUUGACCAAUGGGGUAUAGAUAUGUUUAAGAUAGCAGAGUAUUCUGGGAAUCGGCCACUGACAGUCAUAAUGUAUACCAUUUUCCAGGAGCGAGAUUUACUCAAAACCUUUAAAAUCCCAUCGGACACCUUCUUAACUUUUUUGAUGACUUUGGAAGACCACUACCAUGCAGACGUGGCCUACCAUAACAACAUCCAUGCAGCAGACGUUGUACAGUCUACACACGUUCUACUCUCCACACCUGCCCUAGAGGAUGUGUUCACCGAUCUUGAGAUCAUGGCUGCUUUAUUUGCCAGUGCUAUUCAUGAUGUGGAUCAUCCAGGAGUGUCCAACCAGUUCCUCAUUAACACAAACUCUGAGCUGGCCCUCAUGUAUAAUGACGCCUCAGUGUUGGAAAAUCAUCACUUGGCUGUCGGCUUCAAGCUUCUACAGGAGGAAAACUGUGAUAUCUUUUGUAAUCUCAGCAAGAAACAAAAACAGUCCCUGCGACAGUUGACUAUAGAUAUGGUAUUAGCCACUGAUAUGUCCAAACACAUGAAUUUCCUGGCUGACCUGAAGACAAUGGUGGAAACUAAAAAAGUGACCAGUCUAGGGGUCUUACUGCUGGACAACUACUCAGAUCGUAUACAGGUGCUCCAGAACAUGGUGCAUUGUGCUGACCUCAGCAACCCCACAAAACCCUUGGAGCUCUAUCGACUGUGGACAGAUCGCAUCAUGGUGGAGCUCUUCAGUCAGGGUGACCACGAGCGUGACAAGGGCAUAGAAAUCAGCCCCAUGUGUGACAAACUCACAGCUUCGGUGGAAAAAACUCAGGUGGGAUUCAUUGAUUACAUUGUCCACCCUCUAUGGGAGACAUGGGCUGAUCUGGUCCAUCCAGAUGCUCAGGACAUUCUAGAUACAUUAGAGGACAAUCGAGAAUGGUACCAGAGCAUGAUCCCACGCAGCCCGUCGCCCACCCCCCAAGAGCAGGACUCACGGCCCACGGUGGGCUCAGCCGGGGAGAAGUUCCAGUUCGAGCUGACUCUGGAGGAAGAGGAUGGAGAGUUAGAGGCUGAAGAGGAGCACAUGGAUUCAGAAAGAUCAGGGACUAUGACGGACACCAGGCAUCCACAAAUGUCCCCCCUUCGAGUCACUCCCAUUUUAGACAGUAGUGAAAGAGAACUGGACCAAGAAAUGACCAGCGCAUCCAUCCUGCAGUUGGAAACUUAACAUGACCCAGUAUACCAACCGUAGCACUGUUCAUUUGUGUUUCUAAGUUGCACUUAUUAGUUUGGGAUUUCAACCAUUCACUAAAAACUAAAAAAAAAGACAUUAGACCCAAGGUUUAUCUGACCAAAAAACCUGUAUUUUAAAGCUAUAUGUGUCCCAGACACAAACUUUUCCAAAAGGACUGAGGCCGAAGUUGUAGAUGAAUGUUUUUGUGGUCUCAUGUCGUAUGGAGAAACAUGAGUCUUCCCUUGAGUGACUGUCCAUGCCAAUUGCAGAGGAAAGCUGAUUUACUCAUUAUGUGAACUUUUUCACUGGACUGUAGUAUAUUUAAUAUCCUGAACAUUUUUAAUAAUGGAUAAAUUAAUGUUUUUUUUUGUUUUUGCCACUGAAAUGAAACGGGACAGUUGCAAGAAAUAUUUAAGGCAAGACAUCACAGGUGAAUCGAACUAAUAUAUCACUAUAAUUCUCCAGUUGAUUAAACACAGUACAUUAAGACCACUUUUGAAACACUUUAUUUUAAACUGUCUGUUACACGUUACGUACUUUCUAUAAUAACAGCAGCAAAUUAUGCAGAAUUACAAGCAACAGACCUUAAACCAAAUCCUUAUUAUUGCUCAGCAUUUAAAUGUAUAUUUACACCGUAACACGGACAAUGUAACCCUUUAUUUUAAAGUGUCCGUGUUACAGUGCAGUUUAAGUGCUGAGCAAUAAUAAUGAACUAUUAAAGCUGCAAGCAGUGAUGAAAGGGCCCUCGCACCCCUGCCAUUGCCACCCGGUGGCUUUAGGAAGACAGAGCAUAGUGGGAAGUGUGCAUUUAAGUAGGUAAAUAUAGGGGGAGUAUGUCAAAGUCAGUUACAGAAAUGUCCCCUGUAUGGGGAUAAUAGCAUGCGUUUUCAGUCAGAUAAGUGUUGGCAUAUUUCAAUGGCAUAUUUAAUAUGUUGGUAGUAUUGCAUCAUACUGUUAAAUAUGUCACUCCCUGUUGCCAAUAGGUGGCGUUAUUACUUUAACUGAAAAUUGUUAUGUAGAGUUGUUCAGGCCAGGACUCUUAUCAAACGUGUGAAGUGUGGGGCAUAUUGGACUUUGCCUAACAACAACUUCCUGUUUCAGUGCAUUAGGAUGCUUUAGCACUUAGCUAAGAAUUGCUAGCAUGUUUUAACCUAGCAUGUUUAUUACACAAUGGCAUAUUUAAUAUGUUGCAGGACAGGAAUCUUAUCAAACGUGAAGUUUGGGGCAGAUUUGACAUUCCAUGCCUGAGUUACAGAAAAUUCCUAUUUAAUUUUAGUAAUAGCAUGCUUUAGCAAGUGUUUGCUAACAUAUUUUAGCAUGUUUCUAGUAUGUUGUUUAGCACUUGCUGCCACUUUUUUAUACGUUAUCAGGAGUUCACAACAGUGUUAAACAUGUCACUUCCUGUUGUCAGUAGGUGGCGCUAUGACUGUAACUGAAUAUAAGCAUGGACAUGUGUUCAGAACAGAACUCUUAUCAAACGUGUGGAGUUUGGGGCAGAUUGGACACUGUUUGCUUGAGUUACAGUAAAUUCCUCUUUCACAGCGAAACUUCGAAAUUUGUCAGGCCGCCGAGGACACGCCCUUCGACGAAAACUCAAGAUCUUCGCAAUUUAACGUCGCAAAGGCCUUAAGAUUACACUCACCAAAUUUGAAGAUAAUCAGAUUAAAACUAUAGGAGGAGUGAGUUGGUUAAAAUAUGAGGCCUGAAAAUGGCAAAAACUGCACAAAAAUCAGAGAGGAAGAUCAAAAUGGCUGACUUCCUGUGGUGUUUAGGGAUACGCUCUAAGAGACUUUUUUCUAGGUAUUGGGCCAUUACACAUAUGUACCGAAUGUAGCGCACUCUGUUGAACCUUUAUAGGUGGCGCUAUCUAGCCAUUUUACCCCGCCCAAUUCUGAAACGCAUAUCAGAUGUAAAUUUUCGCCAGUUCUGACGAGAUUGCAACUUUUUCGAGUUUUAGUGCGUUUCUACGGAGGCGUAUUGCAUUCACUUGAAGAAAAAAAAUCUACUCUGUUUUUCUGAAUUAACAAGUUAAU